CGGGUUUCAUGUAUUGUACCACUUCUCUCUGCUAUAAAUUCCCCUUGAUUUUGUUCUCCGCAUCAUAGUGGUUGUUGGACUCUGUUUCUCCAUCUCUUUCCAAAUACUGCAAUUGAUACUAGUAGUAGUAUUUUUUUUGUUGUUUGUCAAGCCUUUUUGUUUUUUUGUGUUUUCAUUGCCAAUUCGAGAGAGAGAGAAUGACGGUGGGCGCAGGGAUAACAGUGGCCGAUGGAAACCUGAACGUGCUAGGUACCCGCGUUUUAACCGACGUUAAUGCCGAUAUUUUCGCCACUCCGGCCGCCGGCGAUUCCUUCUUCAAUGGCGCUUUCAUCGGCGUGCGGUCUGACCAGAUUGGCAGCCGCCGCAUCUUCCCCAUCGGGAAACUCGAGGGAUUGAGGUUCAUGUGUGUAUUCCGAUACAAGAUGUGGUGGAUGACUCAGAGGAUGGGCAGUUGUGGCAAGGAUAUACCCUUUGAGACCCAAUUCCUGAUGGUGGAGGCGCUCAACGGUUUCCAUUUUGGGGAGGAGAGUGGAGAGGGGGUGGUCGACCAAUCGGCAUUGUACACGGUGUUUUUGCCUAUUCUGGAGGGUGAUUUCAGGGCUGUUCUUCAGGGGAAUGCUAAUAACGAGUUGGAGAUCUGUCUCGAGAGUGGGGAUCCAGCUGUGGAUGGAUUUGAAGGCAGUCAUUUGGUUUUUGUGGCAGCUGGAUCCGACCCGUUCGAUGUUGUCACACAUGCAGUCAAGACUGUUGAAAGACAUUUGCAGACAUUUUGUCAUCGCGAGAGGAAAAGGAUGCCAGACAUGUUGAACUGGUUUGGCUGGUGCACAUGGGAUGCUUUCUAUACUGAGGUUACUGCAGAUGGUGUGAAGAAUGGAUUAGAAAGCUUCGAAAAAGGAGGGAUCAUCCCAAAGUUUGUUAUUAUUGAUGAUGGUUGGCAAUCAGUUGGCAUGGAUCCUGUCAGUUUUGAAAAUAAAGCUGAUAACUCAGCUAAUUUUUCAAAUAGAUUGACUCAUAUCAAAGAGAACCACAAGUUUCAAAAGAAUGGAAAAGAAGGCCACAGGGUAGAGGAUCCAGCAAUGGGACUCCGCCACAUUGUUACCCAAAUCAAAGACCAACAUGCCCUAAAGUAUGUUUAUAUGUGGCAUGCGAUAACAGGAUAUUGGGGUGGAGUUAGACCGGGUACUACUGAAAUGGAACACUAUGAAUCUAAGUUAUUCUACCCGGUCUCAUCUCCUGGAGUUCAGUCAAACGAACCCUGUGAUGCCUUGGAUAGCAUAACGAAGAACGGGCUUGGCCUCGUGAACCCCGAGAAAGUGUUUAACUUCUAUAAUGAACUUCACUCUUAUCUUGCUUCAGCCGGGAUCGAUGGGGUCAAAGUAGAUGUUCAAAACAUCCUUGAAACUCUUGGGGCAGGCCAUGGUGGAAGAGUGAAACUUGCUCGAAAAUAUCAUCAGGCAUUGGAAGCAUCUGUUUUGAGGAAUUUCCAUGACAAUGGGAUUAUUUCUUGCAUGAGUCACAAUACAGAUGGUUUGUAUAGCGCGAAGAGAACAGCUGUUAUAAGAGCAUCAGAUGAUUUUUGGCCUAGAGAUCCAGCUUCACACACAAUUCAUAUUGCAUCGGUUGCUUAUAACACGGUUUUCCUUGGGGAGUUCAUGCAGCCUGAUUGGGAUAUGUUUCAUAGCCUACAUCCAAUGGCAGAAUACCAUGGAGCAGCUCGUGCUGUGGGAGGAUGUGCCAUUUAUGUCAGUGACAAGCCUAGGCAACAUGAUUUCAAUUUACUAAGCAAACUAGUACUUCCAGAUGGAUCCAUUUUGAGGGCUAAACUUCCAGGAAGACCAACGAGGGACUGCUUGUUCUCUGAUCCCGCUAGAGAUGGGAAAAGUAUUCUUAAGAUUUGGAAUCUGAACGAUUUCAAUGGAGUUGUUGGGGUCUUCAACUGCCAAGGAGCUGGAUGGUGUAGGGUUGGAAAGAAGAACCUGAUCCAUGAUGACCAACCUGGCACAAUCACCGGAAUAAUCCGAGCUAAUGAUGUUAAUUAUUUGCCCAAACUUGCUGAUGAUACAUGGACAGGAGAUGCUGUCUUAUAUUCCCAUCUUGCAGGAGACGUGGUAUAUCUUCCAAAGAAUACGUCGCUGCCAAUUACUCUGAAGGCACGAGAAUAUGAAGUUUUCACGGUGGUGCCAGUCAAGAAAUUGUCAAAUGGUGCUACUUUUGCUCCAAUAGGUCUACUCAAGAUGUUCAACUCAGGAGGAGCCAUUAAGGAACUAAAAUAUGAAUCUGUGAGGACUGCUAACAUCGGCAUGAAAGUGCGCGGGUGUGGCAUAUUUGGGGCCUAUUCAUCAGUACGACCUAAGAAGAUAACAAUAGACACAGAGGAAGUUGAGUUCAAAUUUGAAGAAGGAUCUGGACUGAUCACUCUUGCUUUGAGAAUUCCAGAGCAAGAGUUGUACCUUUGGGACAUGACAAUUGAUUUUUGAAGAUUGGAUUGUUUUCUCGUAGCAGUCGAGGGUCUAGAAUUUAUUUGCUUUGUAUCCUUCAAGACCUCCCAUAAGAAAACUUUGCUUUUGUAGAAGGGUCACUGCUUGAUGUUGCAUUCACAGCAUGAAGAAUUAGGCAAGCGCACUGUGUCCGCAUCUUCUUGUAUGCGGGAUUUUUAUAGAAACUGUUAGUUGUCUGCAAUGGAACUUCAAAAUGGUAGUUUAUUGAUCAAA